AUAGAGCGAGAGAGGGAGAGAAACUUCCACACAAACCAGUGAAAAUCUUCAAAGUCUGUCGCGUUUUUCUUCCUCAUUUCUUGGCGGUUUUUUUUUUCAUCAACUUCCAUACCAUAAGUUUCAUUAUAAGUUGUAUGUCUGUGUUGCAAACCAAAUUUUCCCUCAAUGUUCCAACAUUUUGAGCAUAAGAGUUGCGGUAUCGACAAAAAUAAGACACAGUUGUCUUUUUCAACAAAAAUCUCUUACACAAAAGCAACUAGGAGAGACAAAAUCGAAAAAAAGACGUCAAAGCCAGAUAAAACAGUGGAAAAGAUCAUUUAUAUAAUGGUUUGGGUGUAAAAGUGGUGGAGAUCGUGUGUAAAUGCAUAGUGCCAUAUAUUUUUAGAGUUUUAAUCGGAGCCUCACAUUUUAAUGCUAUAUUAAUGUGAUUCAGUCGUUUUCUGGACUUGGAAAAACCAUCCUUUGUGCCUCGUGAGAAUCGCUUAAUAAUAUGCUGCUGAUACUUAAAAAGAAACAUCCCAACUAAAAGUGUUUCAAUUUAGUGAAGAAAUAUAGUGUGAAAAAAGUUCUUUUAUCUUAUUUAACACGAACAAAGUCGAAAAAGUUAACCUGUUUUAUACCAAACUCGCUGAAAAUAAAAGAUAUCACCUCUUCUACCACCACAAUUAUACGCGAUAUAUCUUUCUGCCUCAAUAUUUAUCUAAUUUCUGUGUGAUAAUCAAUCAAUAUUCCUAAUACCAGUCUCUUUCUUUGCCACCACGUGAAGGCAUUUCGAGCAGUAAAAAUCCACAAGAGUAAAUCGGAAGAAUCAUUGGCAAAUUUUUGCAGUGCAUGUAUCUGAGGCGAUUUGGACAGAGGAAAACGAAAAGAGAAAUAUUGAUAAGAAAGUGUGUCGAUAGAAAAAUUGGUGAAACUUUUUUUGUAAAGAAAAAAGCAUGGAGAAUUCAAAGGACAAGAAUGGAAUGAGUCAAGUGACUUAUGAAUUUCCGUACAUGAGGCAACCUGAGAAGAAGAGCGUGGCCAAGUUCUUCUAUGACAAGGAAAAAGGAACCUUUCUGUCACGGACACCAGCGAGUUGGGCAAAAAUCUUAUUGUUCUACGCGUGUUUCUAUACAGUAUUGGCGGCACUUUUUGCCAUAUGUCUCCAAGUUCUCUUCUACACAGUCACGCAAGAAUACCCAAAGUGGCAGUUGGAUAGAUCACUGAUAGGCACUAAUCCGGGAGUUGGUUUCCGACCAAUUUCAGACGAUGACGCGCAAGGAUCUCUCAUCUGGUACAAGGCUUCCGAUGAGGAUAGCAUUCGUCCAUGGACUAAGCUACUCGAUAACUUCCUGGCACCAUAUAUGAAUAAGACUUUGCUCCCAGGAGGUGGAAAAAAUCAGGAGAUUUGUGAUUAUGAUAGUCCACCAAAACCAGGUCGUGUCUGUGCGGUGGAUAUGUCAACAUUUGGUGAAUGUACCAGUGAAAAUGGCUAUGGAUUCAACAAAUCAUCCCCAUGCAUAUUUGUUAAGCUCAAUAGGAUCUUCAAUUGGUUACCGGAAUAUUACGAUGAUGUAAAUGAUUUACCGGAGGAUAUGCCUGAUGAUCUGAAGCAACAUAUUGCAAAUGUGGAAAAGGAGAGGCGAAGACAAGUCUGGAUCUCAUGCCAGGGUGAACAUCCGUCCGAUCGUGAAGCCCUAGGACCAAUUAAGUAUGUUCCGCAGCGUGGUAUGGCAGCAUACUACUAUCCAUUCACUAACAUUCCCGGAUACCUCAGCCCUCUGAUUGCAGUGCAUCUUGAGCGACCAGCUCUCAAUCGAGUGAUCAAUAUUGAAUGCCGUGCAUGGGCCAAGAAUAUUCACUAUCAAGGUGGACGAGAACGAACUGGAUCUGUGCAUAUAGAAUUGAUGGUUGAUUGAGACAACUGAGAGGGAGUGUUAUAAAAUUCUGUUUUUAGGAUCAACUACAAUUGACACUUAAUUCCUUCCAAAUGCCUCCAAUUCUGCCAAAAAAAAAAGAAAUGAGAGAAAGAAAUUCUAAUAUAAUCAAUUUUGAAAGUUUUCUCGCGAUGUUUUUUUUUUUUUUAAUAAAUCUUGAAAAGGCAAAAAUACAGUGAGACAAUUUGGAAAGGGAUCUUUCAAUUGAUGGCAUAAAUUAAUUUACAUUCUAACAGAAAUGAUGAGUUAAUGUUAGUUAUUCAAUAAUAAUACAAUAGGAAGUAGAUUUAUUUUCUUCAUCAAAAUAGUAACUUGAAAAAAUUCAUGUAAAAAAUAUACUUUCUCCCUUGUCUCUUUGAACAGAGAUUAGUAAGAAUAAAAAAAGAACAGAAAUAAUGUCCAUGGAAAAUUUGCAAAAAGAGAACAAUUUUUUGUGUAGUGAAAUGGCUGUAAAGAAGUUUUUAAGUUAUAAUAAGUUAUAUUAUUUAUAAAGAAUGAGAUAAAAUGAAGAAAACACACUAAAUAAAAAAACAACACUCUUUUCUCCGUGUUAUUUUAGCUGAAUUACAAGAAGAAAAUUCUACAAA